CUUCCUCUCAAACAGGAAGUGACGUAAGGCUAGAAAAUGGCGUCCUCAAAGCCAAUGGAUCGCCUUGGUUUGUUAGCCGUCUGAUGUUCAGGAGAACUGAUCUCUGGCAGACGGCUAACUCACACCAUGGCAGUAAAUCACAGCAGUCCUCUUCCCUCGUUACGGAAUUGAACCCGGAACUUCAUGUCCGAAGGAACGCGAGCGUCCUGGUGCAAGAGGGGCUUGUUGUGGGGAUUCUCAGCGCGGAGAAGCAGGUAAACAGAAAGAAAGGAAAUGCGUGCAGUCCCAGGGAGGUCAGACAUCAGAAGCUGCGAGUCCUCACUGGGGCUCCAAAAGGUGAUUGCAGCUGACAAGGGAUAUUGCAGGCAUCAGCUGGACACACGGGGGACUGUCCUCUGAUUGCUGGGUUGCAACCACGUGAGCUUGAGGCAGUGCGCGUCCCUUUCUGUGAUCGGAUCGGGGUCAAACAACAACAACUACGACCACAUGCACACUCAAGACGCUGUACAAUGUUUGGCAGAUUGAAGCGAAUAAUGGUGCAUGUCGUUGAAAUUCUAUUUGUUCCAGUUGUGAGUGUGCAUGGCGUGUUGCAUGACGACAUGAAAUAGUUGAAAACAAGGCGAUCAAAGAGCAGUAAAAGCUUCAGACAUAAUGAAUGUAUCGGAUGAAAAUAGUGCUCCAAACACAUCAAUCUGCAUUCUUAGUCAUUCCACAUUGCAUUAUUUAAUGUGUCAAUUGUUUUGUUGCACUUUUUUUUUUAAAGGACUAUUAAUUUAAUCAUUAAUUUGGUAAGAAGCGCAAUCGCGACACUGUUAAUUGCUUCAUAGUAGCCUAAAUUUGACUAAAUGACCGGUCCAUAUUUGCUACUAGAUCCCGUGGCUCUGCCAGAACGCGACUUGAUUUCUGGAAAUGUUUGCUGUAAACAAACAAAGUUCUGUGUUCUCACAAUUUAUCCCCCAUUAUGAUGGACUAUCUUAGUACUACCAGAAAUCCCAGAACGGUUUCCACAUGGUCCACAGUUUGCGCUGACCUUACAUGACUUCUAGCUACGAAUACGCUUAUUUGCCCCCCAUCUUUGUGAGCCUGUGACAACAACAAACGGACGUGACGUCACGUGCAACCCAGCAAUUGGCUCGGACAACCCCCUCUGACAUGCCCGUGGCCAAUCAGAGGUGUGAUAUGUCGGGGGCGGAUGUGGAGGUGUAUCUAUCCCAGGUGCAUGAUGGGAGUGUGUCGUCGGGCUUCCGGGCUCUCUAUGAGGAGCGUCUGCUGCUGGACGUCACGCUCACGAUCGAUGAGCAUCACUUCCAGGCCCACAAGGCACUUCUGGCCACCCAGAGCGACUACUUCCGGGUGAUGUUCACGGCGGAUAUGAGGGAGCGGGACCAGGACAAGAUCCACAUGAAGGGGCUGACGGCGGCGGGUUUUGGGCACAUUCUCCGCUUCAUGUACUAUGGCUCGCUGGAGCUCAGCAUGCCCACUGUGCAGGAGAUCUUACAGGCGGCCAUGUACGUGCAGAUGACUGAGGCGGUGGAGUUCUGCUGCUCUUUCCUCUUGGCUAAGAUCUGUCUGGAGAACUGUGCUGAGGUCAUGCGCCUCCUGGAGGACUUUAGUGUUGGGGUGGAGGGCGUCCAAGAGCAGCUGGACAACUUCCUGCUCGACAACUUUGUUCCUCUCAUGAGCCGACCCGACUUCCUGUCCUACCUCAGCCUGGAGAGACUGCAGGCCUAUCUGAACAGCGACACCCUGAGCCGAUACCCAGAGAUUGAGCUGUAUGAGUCGGUCCAGUCAUGGCUGAGACACGACCGGCGGCGGUGGAGACACACGGACACCAUCGUGCAGUCCAUCCGGUUCUGCCUCAUGACUCCUGCCAACAUCUUUGAGAAGGUGAAGACAUCAGAGUUCUACCGUUAUUCCAGACAGCUGCGUCAGGAAGUGGAGCAGGCCCUCAGCUACUUCCAUGAUGUCAAUCAGCAGCCUCUGGUGGAGACGCGCUCUAACCGCAUACGCUCGCUGCGCCCGCAGACAGCCGUCUUCAGGGGGAUGAUCGGUCACAGCAUGGUCAACAGCAAGAUCCUGCUGCUGCAGCGUCCCAAGGUGUGGUGGGAGCUGGAGGGGCCUCAGGUGCCGUUGCGGCCUGACUGCCUGGCCAUUGUGAACAACUUUGCCUUCUUGUUGGGAGGAGAGGAGCUUGGGCCCGAUGGAGAGUUUCACGCUUCGUCCAAAGUCUACCGCUACGACCCCCGUCAGAAUUCGUGGCUGCGCAUGGCAGACAUGUCUGUUCCCAGGUCAGAGUUUGCUGUUGGUGUUAUCGGAAAGUUUAUCUACGCGGUAGCGGGCCGCACCCGAGACGAAACCUUCUACUCCACGGAACGCUACGACAUCACCGAGGACCGCUGGGAGUUUGUGGACCCGUAUCCCGUCAACAAAUAUGGUCACGAGGGAACAGUUCUUGGUGGGAAGCUCUACAUCACAGGCGGCAUCACGUCCUCGUCCACCUCCAAGCAGGUGUGUGUCUUUGACCCGGGGCGGGAAGCCGGCGGAGGUGGCGGGAGCUCGGACUCGCAGAGAACGCGCGGCGGUCGCGGCCCGCUGCUGCCCGGCUCACACGCCAGCUGCUGGGAGAACAAAUCCAAAAUGAACUACGCCCGCUGCUUCCACAAGAUGAUCUCUCACAAUGGGAAGCUGUACGUGUUCGGUGGCGUGUGCGUGAUCCUGCGAGCGUCCUUUGAGUCGCAGGGCUGCCCGUCAACUGAGGUUUAUGACCCCGACACGGACGAGUGGACCAUCCUGGCCUCCAUGCCCAUUGGACGCAGCGGUCACGGCGUGGCUGUGCUGGAGCGACAGAUCAUGGUGUUGGGCGGCUUGUGUUACAACGGCCACUACAGUGACUCCAUCCUCACCUUUGACCCUGACGAGAACAAGUGGAAAGAGGAUGAGUAUCCCAGGAUGCCUUGCAAACUGGACGGUCUGCAGGUGUGCAGCCUGCACUUCCCAGAGUAUGUGCUGGAGCAUGUCAGACGCUGCAGCUGAGGUCUGCUUGCCAGAGGACCUCCUUUUUAUCAUUUAGAAGUGUUCUCCUAACGAGAGGAGCUCUUGGCUACCAUGGUGGAAGCGCAGCCUCGGCGCCGCUCAAGGCCCCCGGAGCACAGUUUGGAGUCAUCAGGGUUCUAAACACUUUUAGCUUUUUUUUUUUUUUUAAGAAAAGAUGAGGAAAAAAAUGGUCUGAUUCUGCUGGUUCCUGUUUUGGACUGUGCUCAGUUUUCUGUUCUCCACUCGUACUCAACACACUGGAAGCUCAACUUGGACUCCACAACCUCAAGUCGUCAUCAGGCCGGCAGCAUCCUUUAUAUGUCAUCAAUACGCCGGUAGAAACCAUCAGCAGAACAACCUGACUCUCUGAAUGAGGUUUGAACGAGUGCAGCUACUUUUCUACUCUCCUCACGUGCACACGCCAUACUGGUAGUAUUAGCAGAUGUUUGGGCUUCCGCUGCGUCCCAGUGACACGCAACACAUUGCACGUGCCACUCGGACGAUUAGGAUGUGUAAACACAAGUUCAAGUCCACUCAUCGACAUUCCCCGGAUCCUUGUGGUUCUCCGUGUUUAUUUUGAAGAAUGUUUUCAUGGGAAGAUGCGCAGUCGGUGUUUGCCCACCAGCAGUCGACCUUGUCGUGCUUUAGGGCCAUCCAGCUCGGUUUGUUUAUUUGUGCAAAGGGCUCAGCACAUCCUGAUGCAGUGUUUUUUUCUUAUUUAUUUCGCAAGCUAUGCAGUAAGUGCGUCGGGUUAUUUAUUUGUAGGAGUAGAUUGAAAACAAGGAGGCUUUUUUUGUUUUGUUUUGUUUUUUUGCCCAUCAGGGCUUGCACAUUAUGCGGUUGUUUUAGGACCCCAACCACUGGGGGGGGGCACAUUCAAGUGGAAUUUGGACCUUUCAAUUUUGAUUAGCAACUUAACUUAAAGACUGAAACAAACAAAAUGUUAUUUAGAGCCACAAAAAGCCUAGACUGUUGCCAAUAUGCCUCCUCAUUUAUUUUUCAUCUCAUUUGGUCAAAUCCUGAGAUUUAGGAAGAAAGAUGAUACUGUACAGAAAAGUCAUCUUAACAGCUUUCACGAAUAGCUUUUCACACAGGCUGUUUUGUAACCAUGGUGAUGUCUCAGCAACAUCCUGCAGCUGUACAGGCUUCCUUUUCACCCCUCCAUUGAUCCGUUUUUUUCUUUAAUAUACAAAUUCCACACAGUCUCAUCUUUUAAUUUAUUUUAUUUUAAGCUAUUGGAUAUCUUAUUUACUGUUCUUAUCAGGUUCUAGAACAUUUCACAUUAGUCUUUGUGUGUCCAAAUCAUUAUCACUACUGUUACUUUCACAACUAUGCACUUUUUUUUAAACUGGUCAUUUUAUACAUGCUUAUACAUGCUUUACUUGCUGUUUAAAAUGGCCACAGAAGUGUCAAAAUGCCUGUUGAAGAAGGUGUGUGUGGGUGUGUGUGUGUGCCAUGCGCACCCUUUUGUUUCGCUGUCAAAGAAAUGUGAUCAAGUGUGACAUGGCCGAGUCGCAGCAUCCUUUAGUCUGUCAGUAUAGACAAAAAGAGUAGUUUUAAAACAAAAAACAACUUCUAUACACACACAGUAUAUACAUAUAUAUACAGUACAGUACCUUGCUACUAUGACUGCAACCAAAAACAGAAGGUAGAAUAAGAUGAACUUGUAAUCUGGGUAAAUCCUCUUUGGAAACUGUUUGUAACUUCUUUCCAGAAAUAAAUGUUCAUAAUGGA